ACUAGUUUUAGAGUAUAAACCGGAGCAGCAUUUUGAACUUUCGAGGUCACGAAAGAAGUAAAUGUUUUCAGCCUAUCGCCAAGUCUGCAGCAGAAACAGCCGCUUUAAAACCUUAUUAAACGAAUAUUUGACAGCAGUACAUUUGAGUACACUAUGUAAACCUGAAAAAAUUAAACUAAGGCAGCCAUUCGCUAUCGCUGUGGGAAAAUCACCGAUUCAGUCGUCAAAUGGAAAAGAAGCUUUCUUUUCUUAAAAGAUGAUGCCAAAGUGUUUAUUCAUGGCGGUGCAGCUACACCAACGAUACUUAUCUCUGAAUUUUAUAAGUAUGUAAUGGAUAAAAAACUCAAAAACAUAACAGCCUAUCAUAUACAUACAGAAGGACCUUUUCCAAUUACCAAUGCAGAAGCAGCUGGACAUCUUCGGUCUGUGUCGUUAUUCACAGGUGGCAACUGCAGAGAACCAAUCGAAAAUGGAAGAGCUGACUAUAUUCCAAUCUUUCUGAGUGAAAUCCCUCAACUAUUUCGUAAAAACAUCAUAAAAUUGGAUGCUGCAUUGUUGAACAUCAGUCCACCAGACCACAACGGGUUUUGCUCACUCGGUCCGAGUGUAGAUGUCACUCGUGGUGCCGUUGAAUCCGCUCAGCACCUUGUCGGUCAAAUUAAUCCAAGCCUGCCAGUAACUUUUGGAGAUGCCCAUAUACACAUAAGCAACUUCACUUCUGUUAUUCAUGGUGAUAUGCCUUGUCACUGUAUGCAGCCACGUUCAGUAUCUGAAGCUGAGGAAAAGAUUGGUGCAUUGAUUGCUGAGAAUCUAGUCGAUGAUGGUGCUACUCUGCAAACAGGUAUUGGAGCUAUUCCAGAUUCCGUAUUAGCAAGGCUUACAAAGCAUCGUGACUUAGGAAUUCACACUGAAAUGUUUUCAGAUGGAGUUAUACAUCUGGUUGAAUGCGGAGCCGUAACAAAUGCUAACAAAAGACUUCGUCCAGGGAAAACUGUCACAAGUUUUGUCAUUGGUACAGAGAAGGUUUUCAAAUUCCUACAUAACAAUGCCGCAGUCGACUUCUGUGAUGUUGCUUGGGUGAACAAACCAUCUACAAUAGCUAGGAAUCCCAAACCAGUGGCAAUCAAUUCUUGCAUUGAAGUUGACAUAACUGGUCAGAUUGUUUCAGAUUCUAUCGGUACAAGAAUUUACUCAGGAUUCGGUGGUCAAGUUGAUUUCAUUCGUGGAGCUGCACUAGCCGAGGAUGGCUUGGGAAAGCCUAUAAUUGCCCUGACAUCCACAACCCAUAAGGGAGAAAGUAAAAUCACCUCGUAUAUUAAAGAAGGUGCUGGUGUCGUGACGACCAGAGCUCAUGCUCAUUAUAUUGUAACAGAAUACGGGAUUGCCUAUUUGUUUGGAAAAUGCUUGAGACAACGUGCCCAUGCUCUAAUUCAAAUAGCACAUCCAAAACACAGAGAAUCUUUAGAAAAAGCUGCAUUUGAACAUCUUAAAGUAAUGCCGUCAGCAGGUUAGAAGGAAUCGGUGAUUGGAAAAAGAAGUGUCAUUUAAAAACUUAUAUUUCUGUGUCAUUGACAUUGCUUUUUUAACUAUAUAUAAUAAAAGCUGUCUUCUUUGGACAAUUAUUUGUAUCCUUUAAUUACUUCACUUACUGUUUUAUAAUUUUCCAUUACUUAAACUCACACUGUAUUCUUACAUAGUUGUUUUUUUUUGCAUGUGUAUUGGGCUAUUGUUGCACUUUUCAUAUCACAUGCUAAGGAGCAGACGGCAUAGGAUUCAGACAUGUAUUACCGAAAAAUCUAUGCCAUUUCAGAGUUCGUCGAGUUUAGUCAGUCAUUCAGUCAGUCCAGUAGAGGGUAACGCCAAUAAAUAAAUAAACUCUUGGG